AUGAUGUUUGAUUUAAUUAGCCAGCGUGUGAUCAAGAAUAACAUGCCAUUGCUUCGCGAUGACAACCUGAUCCAUGUUUCGCCAUCUUCACUGUCAAUUUUGCUUGCAAGUGGUUUCAAAAUCGCCUGUUCUGUUCUAUUUGAUAACCGAAUUGACAAGAUGGUAAAAUGUUUCCAGAUCAUUCAACUUUGUAUUGCAUCAUUGCACUGGAAAGUGAAGGUGGUUGCAGAUGCAAAUUUCAUCGCUAAGUCCCCAAGUCAACUUUAUUACAUACAUUUGAUGCUAUAUGUGGUUCGACACAUCGCUCGUUAA